AUGUUCAAUAAAUUUAGCAAACUUAAUUGUAAUAUGUUUACAAGUAUUGCUUCAAUAAAAAGCUUUAGCAAAAAGAUUAAACACACGUGAUUUUUAGUCAAAAUAUUCAUAACCUAAAUGGUGUGUCAUCAAAGAUAUAAAUAGUUUGUCCUAAAAAAUGGUGAAACUUGGUGAGUAUAAAUACACUAAAGACACAUAAUGAUAAACAUUCGUUUAUAUGCAACAAGUGUGAUUAUAUGCUUAAGACAGUCAACAUGACUAUGAUGAACGAAGAUGAAGUUCCUAACAGCACAAAUAGUGACGCAAACAUACAUGUUUUUCCACAAAAUAGGCUUUUACCAGACGUUGUUCACAGUACAAUGAACACCAUGGACGGUUUGAAUCAGGUUAAUUACUUCUCUGAUCACGUUAGAUGCGUUAUGACAGAAGCCACUGCUUACAGUACAGAGCAAUAUCCUGGCACUGCAUCAGUGUUUUCAGGAGUAAAUAAAAUGGUGAAUGAUAUGGGGAGCCAAAGAAAUAUCAACAAUUUAUGUGAACAACUUGAUUCUAUAGAAAUGAUUGAUGAUUGUCCAUUAGAACGUUUCAACGAACCACAAUCAUUUGGAGGAAAUCAUGGAAAACAUAUAGCAGCACACAUUGACGCGUCUAGAAUAUAUUUAAGGGAUCAAGAUGGUGAUACUCUCUUACAUACAGCCAUUAUAUUACAUGAGGUAGCAUUAGCCAUGAUGUUUAUUAGUAAAGCACCAUCAAACACCUGGCUGUCUUUUACAAAUGUUUUAUUUCAAACACCUCUACACCUUUCCGUAUUAACUAAUCAGCCAGAAGUCACUAGAAGAUUAAUUGUUGCUGGUGCUGAAGUAGAUAAACGCGAUAAGGACGGAAAUACAGCUUUGCACAUUGCCUGUCGCCAAGGACAAUACAAAAAUGUGCAAAAUCUUCUUGAGCCUGUCAGAUAUCAUGAAACCAAACAGAAUUCUUAUGAAAUACCGUACCAAACCAUUCCACAGGAUAUAUCCAUUAAGAACUAUGAGGGAAUAACAUGCCUACAUUUAGCUGCAUCACACGGACAUUUAGAUAUUGUUAGUAUGUUACUGGACAAAGACAUAGACGUUAACCUCAAAGAAGGAAAAACAGGUCGAACAAUACUACACAAUGCUUGCCUUACUGGUGAUUUAAAUCUAGUCAAACAACUGUUAAGGCAUCGUUCCUGUAAUAUAAAUGCAAGAGCCUUUGAUGAGAGCACACCAUUUGACCUUGCACGUAUUCGAGGUCAUGAAGACACUUGCCUGGUCCUUGCUGCUGCAGGGGCCGGGUAUGGGGAAGAUUUAACAGAAUCUGAUUAAACGAUAUAAUAAGAGACUGCAAGUCCUUUUACAUUCACACUUUCUGAUUUUGUCGCGCUGUUCUGUUUCAGGGAAAUAUUUUUAUUUAAUAUCUGACAUUUAUCUCAACAGGGAAGGAUUUAGACAACAACGUUUAUACUUAUAGUUAUGAUUCUACAAACAGUAAAACUGAAAUUGGAAUAUAUUUAUAUAAAUCCUAGUCGUGUUCUCAUUAUAUGUUUAUAAUGUUCGUGAUACUUUAAAUACCUCAUAGUUAUAAAUAUAAAUAUUUUAUAUUGAUUAUCCACAGAAAACUGCUCAAUUAACUUUUACAUGUCACGAGUUGAAAGUAUUCUACCGUUAUUAAUUUUAAAUGUAUCUACAUUGUGAGUAUAUACAGCAUACAUUUCAUAAAGUUUUGUCAUUAUUGCCAACUUACUUAACUAUAAUUAUUAUUCUUUUCUUGGAAACUCCAUAUAUUGUUAUGUUUAUAAUAGUCUUUGUUAAUCUUGUUUAGUGUUUUAUUAUUUUGCACCAUUUGAUUUGCCUAAGAUAUAUUUUUGUUAUAGGGUAUUAUGUUGUGACAACAAACGUUCUAUAAAUGGUUUGUAUUGAUGCAUUUUUUAUUAUAAGAUAUGUUUUCAUUUGAAUGAUUGAACCAUUAUCAAGUGUUACUUUUUUGUAUAUACAUUGUAUGUAUUUUAGGAAUUUUCUUUUGAACCUUUUAGUUUGGCGAUAUUCAUUUAAUAAAAUUCACUCUAGUCCUUUAUCCUAUCUUACUCAAGUUUAUUAUAUAAUAUUUCUUAUAUUUAAGCAACAAAGUAUUUAAAAACUUGCAAAUUAUAUCCCAUAAAAUACUUCUAACACCAUGGUAAUAUGACGUUACUAAUACAAACAUAUUUUUUCUAUGAUUUAUUGCCAUGAACAAUAUUUGAGAUAAAAAAAAAUAAGAUUUUUUUUUGGUAAAAGUUAUUGAUAUGUAAUUAAUUACUUACUCGUUUCCUAGUGCCAUUAUGUGUUCAUCAAAUAUUUUUAUUAUAUAAAUGUUUGAUGUACUUAGAAGUUUGUACAUUUUCUUAAGUUGUGGGUCUUGUUACUUAAAAUAUUUACUAUGUGACGAUUUUAUUUCUUUACGUUCAUUUUUAAAUCCGAAGCCAUCUUGUUUUUGUUUUUUAUCUUUAAUACAUCAAUAUAUUGUUACUGAUGAUGAUUGUUGUUUGUUAAAAAUUCAUCAGCUCAUUUUAUACAAUAAAUUUAUAAAACAAC